CAUCAUGUCGCAUUCCUCCACCGUCCUCUCGAGAAGGAUCCUAAGUAGAACGACAGUAAACAAAUGUUAUUUGUUCCGACAUUCCACACUCUGCCCGCACUAUUUGUCGACAACGGCGCGUGUAGAUGCAGCGAAACAAACGUUUGGGGGCAAGCCGUCAAAGAGCUCGUUCCAUAAAGACGGUCGAGAUUGGGAGAGUUCAGGGGCGGCAGGUGGACAGCUUGGGAAGAAGGGUAAAAGCAAGGACAAGGACCGGGACAGGGAACGACGAGAGAGAGACUUUCUGCGGAAGGAACCGGAACGGCAUGGUCGACCGACGACGGUUCGGCCUAUAAAACCGAAAGCCCCGCCCAAGCCAAAGGAUAUUCAUCUCCAAGAAGGCAUCAGUGUUUCAAAUCUGAGUACACUGCUGGGUGUCAGCUACCAAAAGCUUGCGAGACAAAUGAAGCGAUUGGGACUGGAGGACACUGGUGCGGAUUUCGUCCUGAAUUCUGAAAUGGCGAGUUUGAUUGUACUCGAGUAUGGAAUGAACCCUGUUGUAGCCGCCCUUCCAGAUUUGGAUCUGAAACCCAGGCCUCCACCAGAGGACUGGUCAGAUUUCCCAGUCCGGCCGCCAGUGGUCACCAUCAUGGGUCAUGUCGAUCACGGCAAAACAACACUGUUGGAUGCUUUGCGCAAAACAUCUGUGGCAGCAGGGGAAGCCGGUGGGAUUACACAGCACAUUGGUGCAUUUUCGGUUUUGUUACCCUCCAAAAAGCGCAUUACGUUCUUGGAUACGCCUGGACACGCGGCCUUUUCUGCCAUGAGAGCCCGGGGGGCACAAACAACUGAUAUCGUUGUGUUGGUCGUAGCAGCGGAUGAUGGUGUCAUGCCACAGACGGUAGAAGCCAUCAAACACGCCUUGACCGCUCAGGUGCCCAUUAUUGUCGCCAUCAACAAGUGCGAUAAACCUCAUAUCAACCUUCGAAAGGUCAAGGAAGGGCUUUUGAGGCAUGAAAUUGUUCUGGAAGAAUACGGUGGUGAGAUACCUGCUGUGCAAAUUUCUGCGCUGACGGGCAAGGGGCUGGAUGAACUGGAAGAAAACAUUCUCACGCUUGCGGAAGUGAUGGAUAUCCGCGGUGAUCCUUCCGGACCUGUCGAAGGCGUUGUCGUUGAAUCAAAACUUGUACGAGGUCGGGGCAAUGUGGCGACUGUUUUGGUCAAGCGGGGGACGUUGAAGCCGGGUGGUGUGGUUGUCGCUGGAACGACGUGGUGCAAGGUUCGGGUUAUGCAUGAUGAACAUGGAGUUGCUGUCAAAGAGGCUGGACCGUCUUUGCCGGUUGAGGUCAUGGGAUGGAAGGAGCUACCUGCCGCUGGAGAUGAGGUUCUGGGGGCGGAUAAGGAGGACCUUGCAAAGAAGGUGGUUGAAAGCCGAGUCGAACGUACAAGACGGCUAAAGGCCAUCGAAGGCAUUGAUCAGCUGAAUGCAGCCAGACAAAAGGAGAAGCAGGUCCGCGAGGGAAAAGUCGAUGCGGCGACGCCUGAUGACACGUCAACGAUACCCACUCAAAACAUUAUCCUGAAAGCCGAUGUACAUGGGUCACUGGAAGCCCUCGUGGAUGCCAUCCACGGCCUCCCAGCCCACGAAGUCCGAAUCAAGAUAGUAGGAUCCGGCGUGGGACCCGUCACGGAAUCCGACAUUGACUCUGCGUCAGCAACAGGAGCAACCAUCAUCUCGUUCAACCUCCCCACCGACAAGCGCACCCACUCUUAUGCCAGUUCCAAAAAAGUGCAACUCGUAUCCCACCAAAUCAUUUACAAACUCUUGGACGACCUUAAAGAUAUGUUGAGCGAUCUCUUGCCACCCGAGAUGGUGACAGAAGUCCAUGGGGAGGCGGAAAUUGCCCAAAUUUUUAGAAUCAAUGUCAAGGGCAAAGUGACGGAGGCUGUUGCGGGGUGUAGGAUCAUUACGGGGAAAAUGCAAAGAAGUCAUAAAGUCCGCGUCGUAAGAGCGGGAGAAAUUGUUUAUGAUGGAACAUUGAAAACAUUCAAACACCACAAAAAAGAUAUUCAAGAAGCUUCCAAGGGGCUUGAAUGUGGGAUGGGAUUUGAAGGGUUUGAUAAGUUUGAGGAGGGAGAUAUUAUUCAAGGGUAUACCAUUGUAGAAAAGAAGCGGCGCAUAUCGUAAUAAGGGCUUAUUCUUUAAUUUAUACGCAAGUAAAAUAAUGUACAUUUGGGAAGCUUGUUCUUAUG